AUCAUGGCCAGUUUUGGUGACGCAGAAACACACACUUCAGAAACACUCUUGAUCAAGUGUUCUCGGUCGCUUGAUAUCGGUAAACUCGAACGCGUCAAUGAUGUCGCACACAAAGCAUCAACCGGAGAACUCCAAGUUCUUGAAGCAACCCAGCUUUUGGAUGACAUCAAAAACGAGCCUCCCACUUGGGGGUUCUGGGUCGUUCUCUUGGCCUACGUCGGAUCGUCUGCAUUUAUUGCACCACUCUUCUUCAACGGAUCCUGGACAGACUGCUGGGUGAGUGGACUGUUUGGAUUAGGAGUGGGUCUAUUGACAUUCCUGUCAGAACGUGUUCCGAUGUUUGCCAACUUUUUUGAAAUGGCUGUCAGUGUUCUUGUGUCGGUCAUUACUAUCGCUCUCCAUCCUCACGUUUGUUACACUGCCGUCUCACUCUCGGCCAUUGUCAUUGCUCUUCCUGGUUAUUCACUUACCAGCGCAGUCAUGGAAAUAUCCGCAAAAAAUAUUGUGAGCGGGAGUAUCCACCUAAUUCAUGCGAUCAUGUACGUUUUCUUUCUUGGAUUCGGCCUAGGCUACGGUGCUUCGAUCUGGAGCCUGACCCAUCCGGACGAGACUCUCGAGCUGGCAGCCACGUGUGCAAACCCGGUUUCGCCUUACUGGUACUUUCUUCUGCUGCCGCUCGCAGGUGUAUUUAUCGCAAUUGUGUUUGGUGCCGGAGUCAAACAAUGGAUCCCAUUCACCUUGAAUGCCGGAGUAGGCUUUGUGGCCUAUUAUUUCCUUUCGAUGGCAACCAAUGGAAAUCAAAACAUCACGUCCAGUGCGGGUGCAUUUGCGCUCGGGUUGACGGGUAAUCUUUAUGGAAAAAUCACAAAAAAUCUUGCCUUUGUGCCCCUGAUUGGUGGCAUCAUCAUUCUUGUUCCUGGAAGUCUAGGUAAAGAAAAGAACGAGAAGAAAACCCCCCAAAAAAUAUACACACACACACACAUAUUAACUUGUCUUGGUGUACGUGGUGUUAUCCCUUUGUUCGAUGGAUCUGACGGAGCAAGCGGCGGUAGUUUUGCCACCCAGAUCAUCGGCAUCGCACUUUCCAUCACCCUCGGACUCUUCUUCUCUAAUUUAUGUAUAUAUCCGACUGGACGCAAACGA